ACAUCUUCUGGUAGAUCCAAGGCACCUUCCCCAACUCCUCAUGCAAAAAAUACGCUGGAAGAGGUUAAUAAACUGCUGCUCGCUUCUUCUGGUCCUCACAAAGAGAACAAAGAGAAAGACAUCAAGGAGAACAAAGACCGCGGGCCUAAGACCAAGGCCCCAGUCAUAAUUUUGUCCCCUGCACGACCUCCAACCCGAGCAGCUGCAGACCGCGCUGAUGUCGUUGUUGUAGCAGCACCUUCGGUCUUUCCACGUCCAGACGAGGGUGGCUCCGCCGUAAAGUUAGUCCCAAAUUCGCAGACGCGUUUAGAACUGCUGGAGAGCGAUGAGCGGGAGGCUAAGCGGGCUCGGUUGGAGAGGAAUGACAAUAUUACUACAGCUUCGAGGAGAACAGCUGAAGAUGCUCCAGCGCGUCGUGGCGAUCGUGCACGUGCAGAUGAAGAGCAUGGUCGCAGAAAGGCUGGUGGAGAAGACCGUACCAGAGCAGCAGCUGAAAAGGUUGUCGUCGGUCGUCGUGAAGAAGAUAUGAACAACAGCAAGCCGAGCAACAUCCAAGAAAAGGUUGUCGUCGGUCGUCGUGAAGAUCUGAACAGCAAGCCGACCACCUCCACCAGCAUUCAUAAGGAUGACUACAUGAAAGAAUCGCUUGCACCUCCUGCAGCAGAACCUGCUGAGGGGAACGAUCCUCCACCUUCCACUACGGAGCAGCGUUUGAAAGAGGCACGACAAGCCCUUGCUGAAGUGAGUCGGAAGCUGGAAGAAGCACGAAGAGGCAUGGAUGCGCAGAAGGAAGAGAAGGCGAAAAGGAACGGUAUGGGCGACGAAUUCCUUUCGGAAAGGGCGCGUGACGAAAAGAAUGAGCAGCGUUGGAAGAGCAGGAGCGACGCUGCGAAAAGAGAGGCUACGACCGAUAGAAGGAAUGAUCGUCGCGAUGCUCCUGCUACCGAUAGGAAUGAUCGUCGGGGAGAGCGAGAUCGAGACGCAACAUCAGGAAGACAUCCGAAUACAGUGAGAUACGGAUACACUGGAGGUAGAGUCAGUGUUGCUCCAGCAUCUUCAAGGCCCUCGAAGGACGUAGCUCCAAGCUCGGCUAGAUCUCACAAACCCGCUGCUGACGUUGGCAGUCGCGGUCCUGCUUCGCGGUACAGCCAUGUUUCCUCGGUCAGGCCGCAGGUGCCUUCUAGAGAGCGAGGAGGAGGACGUGAAGAACGGGGCGAGCGAAGGGCUUCGAAAGAGCGAGGUCGGCGCCCUUCGAAAGAGCGCAGGGCUUCUAAAGAAAGAGAACCACGUGGUGAUGGCCGUUGUAUGAGUACUUGCCCGGAUCCGAACAGGCGAGGAACCAACCUAGUAAUUAAAAAUAGCACUACAGGAACAGGAGGAGCCCUAGCUGCUACUACGACUAACGCAGCUCGUACGGCCUCAAGACACGAUGAGUCUGCUAAAACAGCUGGUGCGGUUGAUCAAGCUAACGCUAAGAACAAUGCAGCAGCUGCGAACUCCUCCACAAUGACCUCUACCUUCCCUAUUCCGCCAUCUACUUCUUCGAAAACAGGUCCACGACAUCAACUAGAUGAUACUCGAAAUGUAAAACAAGGAGAACAAGCAGAAAACCGUAAUCGUGUUGAUGAUAGUCGAGACACCAGCAAUUUUCCUUUUGGCGCAACGGGCAAACCUUCCCCCGGUGUCAACAAUACUCUUACUCCCGCGUCUUCCCCGGACCAGCAGGUAAGGAAAGGACCUCAAGUGAUACAUGUUGCUUCUAGUAAGAAGACAAUCUCUAAGACGACCACAUCACUGCCAGAAAGUCCCUACAAGGCUUUCGAUCCUCCUAAAGAUAUCACUCAGACCACCUCCACCACGACUGGCAAAAUGAAUCCGCCUCCUCCACGUCGUAAGCGUGGCGCCGCUGGAGGAAGUGCCUCAGGAAAUCCGAAUCAUGUGCCCUUGGGCAGUGCUGGAGGACUACAGCAAACCGCGAUGACAGCGAAUGACUCGUCGUCUUUUAGCACUUUUCCUGCAGGAGGAACUUCGAAAAAGAACACGCCUUCUGCCUCUCCUGCAGUUGUUCACAACGGGAGCAACAGCACUUUUCCCACUUUCUCGAAGACGUCUUCUACAGGUGGCGUGAAUGAUCGUGCUGGCGCUCAUCAAGUGGACAGCGCUAAACGACCCUCUCGUCCACCGCCUCCUGGCGGAGCAGCUGCAGAACAGCAAGCAGAAGUUUCCUCUUUUUCGGUGGGCAAACUUCGAGGUUUCCUCAAAUGUCCCACAGUCUUGGAAACUGAGUGGAAGAGUAAGGAAGCGCGGUUCCACUUUCUAAGUGAGCAUCAUCACGACUGCAGACCUUGUGAUAUCGCUCCUGGAGAUCGGGUCAAUGUGCGCUCUUGGCGCUGGAACGACAGGGCUACAGAAGUAGAAAUCGUGUCAUGGAGACUUCAGCGUGGAUUUGCUCAGCACAAGGAUGCUAAGGUCGUCGGGCCAGGAACUGGAACUGGUGGAGUUACAUCAUCUACUAGGAGUGGUGGAGGUGCUGCUGUUGCUGUUGGCGGAGACCGUGGAGGUCAUUCUCAUACUGGAGGCAGCCACACUAAGCAUGAUCGCAGAGCGGGUGAAAGGGGAAAUCACCAACAUCAUACGUCUGAUCGGGACAGAGGCGCGGCUACUGCAAGAAGACCCCCUUCCCCUAGUGCUAGACGUGGUGGAGAGCGGGAACGCGAGAGGGAACGGGAUAGAGAUGAUAGACGAGGUGGAAGAGAUGAUAAUAGGUAUGACAAGAACAGAAGUAGACGAAGGGGUAGAUAAGCAUAAGCAGGUUUGAAUUCACAUGUAGUAUUGUGUCGUUUGCGUGUAAGUAUUCCCAGCACCAGAACAAGUAGGGCCACGCUUCUAUGUCUUAUAUCGUCUUGUUCAUGAUACUUUUUUUUACCUUUCAUCUCCUGUCACUGCCUGUGCGUCCAAACAGAUGAAACAGACGCAUUUACAUGAAAAAAUCAAUCCCCAGCAUACGUUUGUCCAUGGCGAUAUUGUCCUCGCUGCCACCAAUAGAUUCUAAAGAAUCUAAAUCUGCAGGUGAAUGAGUUUCUUGACAUCAAAACAUAACCCUGGACUACGUCAAACACUAAAACACUUACUGAUUCAGGUUGGUUUACCCCGAAGCAUAUAUUUAUCUUUAUGUAAGUAAGUAUUCCAUUCCCGCGCUCAAUUACAUCAAGAAGCUGCUUGUGUUGCCAACACUCUUUCUUGUUGCCAACACUUUUUUUUGCUGUUUCUUAACCUUCGACAUAAUAUUUCAUUGGUGUGCUACCCACGCACCUCCCAGACCCCAGUGAUCAACAAAUUUGGAAGCGACGUUUGAUUGUUGACGACGGAGAAAAAGCCGUCGCACAUGGCUAGCAUCGUGUCAAUAGUAAU